AUGUCCAUCACAAUCAGGGAAGACGAUGUCUACUACCAACUCGAGUUCAUGUAUGGAACAGUGCCAGAGUUGCUAGCUAUUCCUGCUCCCACCAUGAUUUUAGACAUAAAGAUCUAUCUCAAUUCCCAUCUUUUGACAGUGGCAGAUGAUGAAGAGUUGGUCAGGAGCAUAGCCACCAGAUUUCAACCAUUUUGGAACCAAUGCCAUUAUGACACGUCUAUCAGUAUAUCUGAUGCAUGUCCUUCUACCUUUUCGCUCCUCUGUAGAGACCCAAUAUUUGUAUCAAAUUCGUUAACUAAAAUUUCUUCCAUCGCAAUUCGCCUUUCAGUCUUGUCACUUGAGGAGAUUGAUUUACAGAAGCUUUUGGCUGCAUUUAGUUACUUGAUGGCCUCAUGGUUUUUGAACGAGGAGAAAAAAUACCCUGCCGUUUUUUCCCCUGUUGGUCGCCAGUUUAUCAAACUUAAUUUAUUUUGGUACAAGAAGAUGCGCUAUGAAGUGUUGGGGACAGACGUGUUUGAUUCUGGACAGGUAAUAACAGACUAUAUCGAUGUGGUGAGAUCACAUUAUACUACUUUGCCAUUGAUGUCCAAUGCGGGAAAUACAUUUAGUGGCUUAAGGAACCACCGAGGGAGAAACUGUAUCAUCAAGUCGUACCCUUUGCAUUUGAUCGACAUGAGCCCUCCUGAGACAGUGUAA